CUUUCCUCUACUGAAUUCAAUAUACCUACAAAAGAGGCUGUGCUAGCGCAGAAAGAAUGGUCUUAUGGAUAAGUUGCUGAAGUAAAAGAAACCUCUGUCCUCCCCAUGCUAACUGUUGACAUGGAAAACAAGGAAAAUGGCUCUCUGGAUGUCAAAAAUUCAGUAGAGAACGGGAGACCUCCAGACCCUGCUGACUGGGCUGUUAUUGAUGUUGUGAAUUACUUCAGAACAGCGGGAUUUGAAGAACAAGCCAAUGCUUUUCAAGAACAGGAAAUUGAUGGCAAAUCAUUACUGUUGAUGACAAGAAAUGAUGUACUGACUGGACUUUCAUUAAAACUGGGGCCUGCGCUGAAAAUCUAUGAAUAUCACGUAAAACCUCUACAGACACAACAUCUAAAGAACAACUCUUUAUAGCGAAUUGUCUAAUUGGGGCCAUGUUGUGCCUCAAACAAUGAAUAAGCAAUUUGGUUUCAUGUGAUGGAACUUUGUAAAGAGAGAAUAUAUCCAUUAAGAAUUUAAACCAAAUUACAAUGAUAUAUAUCCUAUUGGAUAGAGUUGGCAAUAUACUAUAUACUAAGUCUGAACUGAGAGAGGUGAUGUGUAUUUUUUACAUGGUGCAUAACGAUUUUCUCUUUUAGGAUUUGUCAGUGAGCGUGUUGAGAUAGCUACAUCACUGUAUCCAGAACAAAAGGGAAGUAUGGUCAUUCUCAUUUCUGAGCCAGACAUGUUCUUGUUUUCAUUAAUUAGAAUACCAAAAAAAGAACAAAAAGAAGUUUACAUCCAUCUUUGGGAGAGAGAAACCAAUAAAAGUAUGUUCUGGUGUACAUUAAAGACCUACUGAAAUUAUUGCUACUUAUAAUUUUGGGAUGGGACUGAGACUUGUCAACUCGCCCUUUUUUGCAGAGGGUCCUAUUUUUGACCUUAUUAAGGUUUACUUGUGGUAUGCUGCAAUGUUUAAAGCUGUACAUACAACUAACAUAACCCCUUCGAUAGCAGAAGGUGUUGCUGACAGGUGAAACUGGGUUGUGUAUUUUUUGCUGUCCUUUAAAUUUUCAGCUUGUUUCACCUGUUUUUAAUCGUAGUUCUGUGUAAAAUAUAGUUAGUUUUUAAAAGUUUGUGUUGCUUUGCAAAACAAAAACUUCAUUUUAUUCUUUUUUAAUUUAUAAUAAUUUGUUUUCUAACAUUAUGCAGAAGUUUGUAAAAAGAGUAAAAUUCUGCACAUUUUUAAUAUUAUUGUCUGUCAUGGUGUUGUAACAGUUGGUUUUUUUGAUGCUUUACUUACGGUUCGGAUAGUUGUUUUAAAAAACUGAAAGAAGCUGUCUUGUCACCAUACGUCUCUGUUAAAAGAGAGUCUUGUUCAGUCUGUACCAGUUCCCUAUUUGAUAGGUUGCUUGCUAUAUCCCAAUAAAGCAUUGCUUAUGUUUGGAUUCAGUUUA